AUGCAUGUCGCACGAGCAUAUCACACAGCAUCCACAUUAGCAAAUGGAUCGGUAUUAGUUACUGGUGGAUACAACGGUAGUUCUUUUAAUAGUGCUGAAUUGUACAAUCCAUCAAUAGCCACUUGGACAACCACAAGUAGCAUGAGUAACUCACGAUAUCAGCACACAGCAUCCACAUUAGCAAAUGGAUCAGUAUUAGUUUCUGGUGGAGCCAACCCUAGUACUCUCAAAAGUGCUGAAUUGUACAAUCCAUCAAAAGGCACUUGGACAACCACAGGAAACAUGAAUUUUGCACGAAAUCUUCACACAUCAUCCACAUUAGCAAGUGGAAAAGUAUUAGUUACUGGUGGAUACAACAGUGCUUCUCUUAAUAGUGCUGAAUUGUACAGUCCAUCAACAGGUACUUGGACAACUACAGGAAGCAUGCAUGUCGCACGACGUCUUCACACAGCAUCCACAUUAGCAAAUGGAUCAGUAUUAGUUGCUGGUGGAUUCAACGUUAGUUGUCUUAAUAGUGCUGAAUUGUACAAUUCAUCAACAGGCACUUGGACAACCACAGGAAGCAUGAGUACCACACGAGGUUAUCACACGGCAUCCACAUUAGCAAAUGGAUCAGUAUUAGUUACUGGUGGAUGCGGCGGUAGUGCUUGCAAUAGUGCUGAAUUGUACAAUCCAUCAACAGGCACUUGGACAAUCACAGGUAGCAUGAGUGUCGCACGAUCUUCUCACACAGCAUCCACAUUAGCAAAUGGAUUCGUAUUAGUUGCUGGUGGGUGCAACGGUGCUGCUUGCAAUAGUGCUGAAUUAUAUAAUCCAUCAACAGGCACUUGGGCGACUACAGGAAACUUAAAUGUCGCACGAUAUAUGCAUACAGCGUCCACAUUAGCAAAUGGAUCAGUAUUAGUUGCUGGUGGAUAUGGCAGCAGUGCUAUUCUCAAUAGUGCUGAACUUUAUUAA